UAAUGUCGCCUUCUUUCAAUCUUACAAUCUCCGCAACACGUAGUGGGAACAGUCGCCGAAGAAAAUCGUUGAUAUUAGCCCAGUCUCGACGCCCUUCAUUUCACGCUCAAAAAUCAAAAUUUCCGCUGAGAUCAGAGCAAAGAGACAAAGCGCGAAUAUCGUAACUACUGGAUUUAACGGUUUUUCUGUCGGGCCAAAAGCUGUGUUCUUUCAAUCAUUGACUAGGUAGAAAGAAGAGGUCAAAGGUCGUAUGUAUGUGCAAAUGUGUAAUGUGUUCUCCACCCAAUCCUAGGCUGUCUUUCCUUCAGACAUUCAUGUCACGAACGCCGCUGUGAUUCAGGAAGCAUGGGAGAGGGGGCUGGCGAGGUUUCAGAGACAAAAUUAGUGGCAGAAUCAGGGAAUGAAGGCGAAGGUGAGAAAAAGGUUCCCAGGAAUAUGAGUGAGAGCUCCAAUUAUACUACUGAGGAUGAGGAAGAUGAAGACACUGAAAGCAAGAUUGAAUUGGGUCCUCAGGUUUCUCUCAAGGAUCAAAUUGAGAAAGAUAAGGAUGAUGAGAGCUUGAGAAGAUGGAAGGAGCAACUUCUUGGGAGUGUGGAUAUUAAUUCUGUAGGGGAGUCUCUGGAUCCAGAAGUGAAGAUUUUGAGCCUUGCAAUCAAAUCUCCUGAUAGAGCUGAUAUUAUUCUCCCCAUCCCCGAGGAUGGAAAUCCUAGCGGCCCUUGGUUUACCUUGAAAGAAGGGAGCCGUUACAGCCUAACUUUUACGUUCCAGGUUAGCAACAACAUCGUCUCUGGCCUCAAGUAUACAAACGCAGUAUGGAAAACUGGCAUUAAAGUGGAUGGCACGAAGCAAAUGCUCGGGACCUUUAGUCCUCAACCCGAGCCUUACAAGCAUGAAAUGACCGAAGAGACAACCCCUUCUGGCAUGUUUGCGAGGGGAUCAUACACAGCAAAGUCGAAGUUCGUUGACGAUGAUAACAAGUGCUACCUGGAGAUCAACUAUACAUUUGAAAUCAAGAAAGAUUGGCCAGCAACAUAAACACAGUUACUGAUGAAUUGUUGUUAUACUUGGAGUGUUCUUGUUUCAUUGUUGAGUAUUUGAUAGUCUUUCUCAAGUAAUUUUCUGAAGAGGGAAAAGUCUGUAUGUGCUUCAUUGUUAAGAUGAUAAGGAUUGAGGGGGUAAAAUUUAGCAGUCAGAUUCUUGUUUGUUGAGUGUUAUUGUUAUGGUGAUUCAAUAAAGUUUAAGUUUUGGCCCA